UUUGUCUUCUGACAGUAUCUUGCAAAUUAAUGUCUUAAAAAUAAAGUUUGACUAAAAGGAGUUAACAGGUGUCACCGAAACUGUUCCCUUAGCGCCUCCGCAAAUGGUAACGUCUCUCCGCCGUGAAAAAAGUUAAGCGACUUGUCAAUUUCGCUAAUCCAAAACAAAAACAAAAAAACCUGUCUUUUUACUUCCCCACAUGAUCGCUUCCUUCUCCUUGUCCACACUCCAUAUCUCUUCCCCCGAUUCGAUUCCCUCCUCUCCUCGAUUUCUUCGUCAACAUCAACUCCGGUUCGGCAUAUCAACAGCAGCUUCGAAUCUCGAUCCUAUGGAGCUGAUGAAGCGCCUCGGAAUCGGUUGCUUUGCGGCGAAUCGGAUCAAAAGGGAGGUGACGACGGAGAAGGACAGCGGAGGAGAGGAUCUGUUCGUGGAGUCUGGGGAGAAGCCUGAUCAUUUGGUGGUCAUGGUUAACGGUAUCAUCGGAAGUUCGGCGGAUUGGAAGUAUGCGGCGGAGCAGUUCGUGAAGAAGUUCCCGGAGAAAGUACUUGUCCACCGUAGUGAGAGUAAUAGUGCCACGUUGACGUUUGAUGGUGUGGAUAUGAUGGGUGAGAGGCUAGCUGAUGAGGUGUUGUCUGUUGUUAAGAACAGAGGUGGGUUGAAGAAGAUUUCGUUUGUGGCUCAUUCGUUAGGAGGUCUUGUUGCGAGAUAUGCUGUAGGGAAGCUGUAUGAACAGCGUGGUGAUGAAGCCAACUCUCCUUCAAAGGGCAAGAGCAGCGGCGAAAUUGCUGGGUUAGAACCUAUGAACUUUAUAACUUUCGCAACGCCUCAUCUUGGUUCCAGGGGACAUAGACAGUUCCCGAUUCUCUGUGGCCUUCCUUUUCUUGAAAGGACAGCAUCCCAAACCGCACACUUGGCUGCUGGGAGGACGGGGAAGCAUUUGUUUCUGGUGGACAAUGAUGAUGGGAAUCUUCCACUUCUUAUCCGGAUGGCGACUGAUUCUUUUAACUUCAAAUUCAUAUCGGCUUUAAAUGCUUUCAAGCGGCGUGUGGCGUAUGCAAACGUUAAUUUCGAUUACAUGGUUGGAUGGAGGACAUCUUCUAUUCGCCGUCCAAAUGAGCUCCCAAAGCCAAAUCUUCUAGCAACUGAUCCAAAUUAUCCACACAUUGUAUACGUAGAACAUGGAAAUGUGGACAAUAGUAGUUGCAACUCAACUUCUACUGUAGUAAAAGAUGAAAACACUGAUCUUGAAGAGGAAAUGCUACAUGGGCUUUGUCAACUAUCUUGGGAACGAGUAGAUGUAAGCUUUCACAAUAGUAAGCAACGAUACGUCGCUCAUAAUACUAUUCAGGUGAAGACAUAUUGGUUACAUUCUGAUGGUAAAGAUGUUGUCUUCCACAUGAUGGAUCAUUUCUGUCUCUAGCCCCGAACAUUUGCAAACCAACUGCUCACUGUUUCAACGGCUGCAAGUUAGUCAGCAAUGUAAGAAGGUGGAUAAGCAUUACAAACUUAUCUCCUUUUGUUUUGGUUUGGUAUUUUAUAUGGCAUAUGAUGCUUACAAACAGGGUUAAGUUCUUGCAGACUACACCUUGUGGUUAUGUAAAAUGUAUUAUAUUUUGUGGAACGAUGAAUAUGUACAGAUCAAGUCGUUGUUUGUAAAACACUACAAGUUUGCAUCCUCUUCUGGACUCUUGUUGUAACCAUCCUUGAUGGAAUUGAUGAAUUAUAUUUCUAUGAAAACUAAAGGCUCUUUAU